AACAUGACAACAUUUUACCACCAGAUCCAGUUGUCAGUUGUCAUUGAUAAUGAAAAAUAACCUCAGCAAUUGUUUAAAAAAAUAAAAAUGGCUGAAGAAAGCAAUCAGACAAGUGACAAUAAUCUCGGCCGUUACUUUGACAGCUCGCACACAAUAUUUGAUGAAAUAGUUUCAAGUAAUCUGCCACCCGGAGCAACAUCAGCACCAGCACCAGCACCCGCACCAUCAAUGCUGACAUCAGUAACCACUGAGUUGCUUCCAGCGAGUGAUUUAUUUAAACAAAAUGAUCUUUUCAACAACGAGAGGUCCAUAGAAUCCAGCGCCGUGGACUAUCAUCGCGAUGCCUGGAUCCCCUGUGACAAGACGCGUAAAAUUCUACGCACGAUAGCAGCAUCAGGUAACAACAAUCAUGACCGCGAAAAUCUAACUAUGCCUGGUCUGACUUUGCAGAAUGACAUGACUGAUCCCAUAAAGGACGCGACGAUCCACUACCUGGGUAUUGAUGAAAUAAUUCACCGGAAUAUAUCAACAGCUUCCGAUGUCACUCAGGACGAACGGGGUCUUCGUAAUUUAAUUCAAUCUGAAUGCUACCGCGCAGCUGUCAAUUUGACAGGACGAUUGCUGGCAAUUUACGGUCAAGGUUACGGUAAAAUAAAUUAUCCAAGUAAACAUACACCUCAUUCAUUGCAACUGUGGUACACGCGUCUGGCUUUGCUGUCAAAAUUACGGCAAGUUGAUGUUCUGAAAGCUGAGUCUCAGCCUUUUGGUAAUUUAGAUAAACCGGAUAUGUAUUUUAUUUAUUACCCGGAAUUGUAUGGAACCAGACAUGGAUCGAUGGCUUCAUUUGCCUUCAGAUUGCUGCUGGCCGAGUUACCGAACUACUGGGGCGACUCCAAGGAAGCCAUUGACAAUUUGUACAAACUGCUGGCGACUAUUGACCAGAUCCUGAGGAAUUUAAACGACGGACUGGCAGAAGAAGGCGGACAUGCUAAAUUCAGUGACAAUGAACGGAAUGAUUCGAUCAGACUGUGGACUGGCAGAAAGUCUAGAGUAUUGAUUUCCAUAGUGAAUUGCUCAUUGAGCAUCAAAAAUUUUUCCCUGGCCAUCGACGUGCUCGAGGACCUCUGCUUGAUGCCCAGCUGGACAGCAGAGCAGCUGGAGAUACUCAAGUCUUCUUGCGGGCGAGUUUACUUAUUUCUGGGUGACGUUACCGCCGCGGAAAAAAUAUUCGCGGGAAUAAAAGAGGCCAGAGAUGUAGCCAGCGGCAAUGGAAAAUCCCCGACGAUGAGGGAACUUAUUGACAGGGGACUCAUGGCCGUGGCCCAGAACUCCUUUCAGGAUGCGUACAACUGUUUCAAGAUCGCUUCCGCCUCGGACCCUUCGAAUGUCAUGCUGAUCAACAACAUGGCGGUCUGUCUGCUCUACAGCGGGCAGUUGAAAUCCGCGGUCCAGCUUCUCGAGACAGCUGUCAUGCGGAACCCGAUAAAGAGUCUGCAGGAAACUGUUCUGUUGAACAUCAGCACGCUCUUUGAACUCCACACCACUCACUGCAAGCAGUCGAAGCUCCAGCUUCUGAGGCAAAUGAACAGAUACAAAGGGGAUGCUACUGAUAUUUCCUGUUUGAAGUUGGCUUAGUCAUCGUUAAAUUUAAAAAUAAAUGAAUAUUAAUAUUAAUUGUAUGCUGUAUUAAUUAACAAAUAAAUUAUAAAUAAUUUAAAAAUAUUAAAUAUAAUUUCUGAAUAGGGUAAACGCACCAAUAGGUUGACGGUUAAGCAGACUCUCAUGUUUUUUAAUCGAAAUGAAGCAAUAAAAUAUAAAUAAAUUAUAAUAAAAUGAAUUAUACUUAAGCAAAAAUGUUUAAUUAACUAGAAAAAAAUAAUUAAAACUUUUUAUAACGUAGUGGUUGAUUACAGAAAAGGAAAAUUUAAGAAAAAGUCAAAAUCCCCAGUAGAUGGACGAAAUCUCCAAUAGAUGGACAGCCAAUACCAGUAGAUGGACACUUCUUGCAAAUGAUAUUUUCGUCUUCUUAUAUAUGGGGCAUUCCACGCCAAAUCAACCACUUUUGAAUUCGACACCUUUAAUUUGGCUGAAAAUUUUUUUUCUUUUUCUACCCUAUCAAAAACGUUUCUCAUAAUUUUUUCAAAUUUUUUCACCCAACCGAAAAAAAGUUAUAAAUUUUUGAAAAAAAUGGCUUUUUUUAUUUUAAAUAGCUAUAACUU